GCUCUCUCUCCUCCUCUUCUCCUCUCUCUCUCUCUCUUUCUCCGCCUGCCGCGUGCGCGUGUCCCGCUCCUGCCUAGUUUGAGGAGGGAGGGAAGGAAAGAGGGAGAGGGAGAAACACUCUUGACGCAUCGGAGGGAGUGAGCACGUCGAGGCUUCACUUUCCAAUAAGCGACCUGCGAGACAACACGCCGUCAGCGAGUUGUGCUCCACACACACAGAGGAGAGAGGCAGGGAUGGGGAUCCAGUAGUGGAACCGCGCAGAUCAGUGCAGCUGCUUCAUGUAGCGCUGCAAGAAAGAGAGAGCAGCGUCUUUGCGCACAAGUCACACGGAUAUUUUUGGGGCUGGGAGCAACACAGCGACUCGACAGUGAUGCCCGUGAGCCAAAUUUUGUUUAGAGAAAUACUGCGGAUUAAUCUAAGACUGUGAAUUCUCUGGAGACAUAGCGGACAGAUUGGGAAACAGGAAAGGUGCAAAAUCGGAUUCCAUACAUUUGUGAUUGGAUGUGAGACUACUUUGACCCAACAAAAUUGAAGAUGAUGUUGCUAUGGAAACUGCUGGUGCUGCAGUCACUUAUGGGGUGCCUUGCAGAGAGCAGCGUCUUGCAGAGUCCCAUGUUCACCAAGCAGCCUGGUAGCAUUGUGUACCCUGUGGAGACGGUGGAGAGGAACAGGGAGGUGGUGUUCAGCUGUGAGGCCCAGGGAAGCCCACCUCUAAUGUAUCGAUGGAAGCUGAAUGGCACAGAAAUCAGUCCCAAAUCUGGAUCUCACUACAGCCUUUCUGGAGGCAACCUCAGAAUCAGCCAUCUGAACAAAGACCAAGAUGCUGGAACGUAUCAGUGCCUCGCCUCCAACUCUUUCGGGACCAUCGUCAGCCGAGAGGCCAGUCUAACCUUUGCAUACUUGGAGAACUUCAAGACUCACAGAAGAAGCUCUGUAUCAGUCCGUGAAGGCCAAGGAGUGGUUCUGUUGUGCGGCCCACCACCACAUUCUGGAGAGCUCGUAUUCUCCUGGAUCUUCAAUGAGUACCCAACAUUCGUGAAGCAGGACACUCGCCGCUUCAUCUCACAGGAGACGGGGAAUCUGUACAUUGCCAAAGUGGAGCCUUCGGAUGUUGGAAACUACACAUGUGUGGUGACCAACACUGUCACGAAGACCCGAGUCCAGGGUCCACCCACUCCACUAGUGCUGAGGAGUGAUGGUGUGAUGGGUGAAUAUGAGCCAAAGAUUGAAGUUCAGUUUCCAGAGGUUGUUCAUGUUGCCAAAGGAUCCACUGUAAAGCUGGAAUGCUUCGCUCUGGGAAACCCUGUGCCAUCUAUAAACUGGAGGAGAGUAGACGGGGUACCCUUCGCAAGGAAAGUAGACAUGAGGAAAGCCAGCGGUGUCCUGGAAAUCCCAUAUUUCCAGCAGGAGGACGCUGGCAUGUACGAGUGCGUGGCUGAAAACUCCAGAGGGAUGAACACAGUGAAAGGAAAGCUCUAUUUCUAUGCACCUCCUCAUCUCAUUGAGAAACCUCAAGAUGUCCAGAAGCUCAUUGAUGACUCGUUGGUGUGGGAGUGUAAAGCCACAGGGAAGCCGAAGCCGUCUUACAGGUGGAUGAAAAAUGGAGAGAACCUGGAGUCCACAGAGGAGCGCAUACAAGUGGCCAACGGAGCGUUGUCGAUCAGUCGUCUGACCCUGUCUGACACAGGAAUGUACCAGUGUGUGGCUGGGAAUAAGCACGCCGAGGUCUACUCCAAUGCAGAGCUCCGAGUUAUAGCUGUUGCCCCAGAUUUCUCUCACAACCAACUGAGGAGCCAGACACUUGUGAAGGUGGGAGGAGACGUGCUCAUCGAGUGCAGGCCUAAGAUGUCGCCUUGGGGUGCGGUCUCAUGGCGGAAGGGUAGCGAACCUCUCCGAGAGACACCCAGGGUCUCAAUACUGGACAACGGUAACCUUCGCAUAUGGAAUGCAACCAAAUCUGACGCAGGUCUUUACACCUGUGUGGCAAGAAACCAGUUUGGCGUGGCAAGCAGCACAGGAAGCAUCAUAGUUAAAGAGCCAACCAUCAUCACCACCCAGCCAUCCACGCUUGACAUCACUGUGGGGGAGAGUGUGGUCCUGCCCUGUCAAGUGAGCCAUGAUCCAUCGCUGGAGCUCAAGUUCACCUGGUUCUUCAACGAGCAGCUCAUCCACUUCGGCAGCCACGGUGGAUUUUUCGAAAAAGUGGGCGGUCAGCAUUCUGCAGGAGACAUUAUGAUUCGAAAUAUCCAGCUGAGGCAUGCAGGGAAAUACACGUGCGCCGUGCAAACCAAGGUGGACAGCGUUUCCAUUGCCAUGGACUUGGUAGUCAGAGGUCCCCCUGGCCCCCCCUCCAGCAUCCAUGUAGAAGAAAUCACUGAUACUACAGCCUCUCUGUCCUGGAGGCCCGGUCCUGAUAAUCACAGUCCAAUUACGGCAUACACCAUCCAGGCUAGGACACCAUUUUCCCUUGGGUGGCAGGCUGUCACCACAGUUCCUGAGGUGGUAGGGGGCCAGCGACUGACAGCUACAGUAAUAGACCUGAGCCCUUGGGUGGAGUACGAGUUUCGAGUCCUGGCAAGCAAUACCAUCGGGACCGGCGAGCCCAGCAAGCCAUCCAAACAAGCAAGGACAAAAGGGACCUCUCCGAAGGUCACACCAGCUAAUGUGAGUGGAGGCGGUGGCAGUCGCUCGGAAUUAGUCAUCACAUGGGAGCCUGUUCCAGAGGAGCUGCAGAAUGGAGCAGGAUUCGGCUAUGUUGUGGCUUUUCGACCUCAUGGUGCCACUGGAUGGAUGCAGGCUGCAGUACCAUCAGCGGAAGCAUCCAGAUAUGUCUUUAAAAAUGAGAGCAUCCAACCCUUCUCUCCUUUCCACGUGAAGGUCGGAGUUUAUAACAAUGAGGGGGAAGGGCCUUUUGGACCUGUUACCACUAUCUACUCUGCUGAGGAAGAGCCUGGCCGAGCGCCCACCAGGGUCCGUGCUAAGAGCCUCUCUGCAUCAGAGAUUGAAGUUUCCUGGAAAGCUCUGCCUUGGAAUGCCAGCAAGAAGAGAGUGCUGGGAUAUGAGCUGAGGUACUGGAGUAAAAGUGAAAGGGAAGACACGGCCAGUAUGCAAAGGACCGUAGGAAAUCAAACGUCGACUAUAAUCCGGGGGUUGAAAGGCAGCACCACAUAUUACAUCUCAGUGAGGGCGUAUAACACUGCAGGAGGUGGGCCUCCCAGCUCCACGGUCAACACCACCACCAAAAAACCACCUCCCAGUCAGCCACCAGCUAAGGUGACAUGGAACACCUCAAACUCCAAGAUUAUAUUGAACUGGGAACAGGUCCGGGCCCUGGAGAAUGAGUCAGAGGUCACUGGUUACAAAGUGCUGUACAAGAAGAAUCGACACAGCCGCCCCAACGUCAUGGAAACCAACACGACCUCUGUAGAGCUCGCUCUGCCCACCGAUGAAGAUUAUAUCGUGCAGAUAAAGCCGUUUGGAGAGGGAGGGGAAGGCAGCAGUAGCAGGCAGAUCACCAUCCCAAGGAUACCAGGUCAGUGGAGAGCUAGCCCCAACGCUGUCGGCUCAGCAUCCAAGGUCUCCACUCUAUCAGCCCUGAGUACAAUAGCACUGUCUUUCACAGCACGGACAUCUUUAUGACAAACAGCUUCCAGCAGACGUUGCAUCUGAUGUGCAGACAGCUCAACGGUGGAAUGCAAACACAGCCCACUCUGGUGUGACUAGAUCCAUUCAUUUAGAUUUUAGAGGCAGAAGGAAGAGAAAAAAUACACCAAUGAGAUGACGGAAAAAGGACUUUCAUGCAGCACCCAUGCUAAGUAAAGGGGAUUGACUGAUGUCGCGAAUAUGUUGUUACCAAAGCAGCUUUCAUAAGAAAAAAAGAAAAAAGUCUUAAAUGCAUCUUUUUGUAUGACAUGUUGAGCUUUUAUAGAUUUUUUUUCAUAAUUAUUUUGAUGUUGGUCGGGGCUUUCUGGGGUGAGAUCUAUGAAGUGUGUGGCAAACAUCAUCAACUAUUCCCAUCUGGAGCUUAAGAAUCUGAUUGGACAGUGCACCUCUUGUCCUCUAAAACAGGAAAAUACCUAUAACUUUGGUUGUAAGACACCAGAAUCAUUCUUUUUUCAAUCAAGUGAUCUAAUAAGCUUAUCUCCUAGAACUCUGAAUCUGUGUUUCUGCAAUAUUACAAUUAAAGGAUCGCAUCAUCAUGUUAGGUGUUUGUUGGAGUGAAGAAGGGAUCAGCAUUCAAUAUCAUGCGUCUCCAGACAGCACAUGCUGAAGCGUUUUAUGUUAGCAAACUACACAGACUUGGCUGACGAAAGUUCAUGUUCAAAGAUUGACCAAGAUUUCCUUUCGUGUGUUUGUUCUGCAACAAAGUAAAAGCCUUUAUCUUUGGAUUAUCCUCCUACAGGAUAUCAUGUUUACUGGCACAAACCACAUAAAAAAAGGUUUGGAUUUAUAUCAAAUCUCUCUUAAUGCAAUACUUACAUAACACAUCAGCGUGCAUACUUUUAUAACUAGUUCUACUGUCCAUACUGGCCCUUUGAAACACAUCUGCACUGAAUAAAUUAUGGUACAAAAUAGUCAUUUUUGAGCUGAAGUCAGACUACACCAGUGGGUACCAGGCUUUUUUUCUGUUGGGCAGCCCAAAAUAUUCCCAAGACCCCCCACCCUACACUUUGCACAUCAACACAUAAAAGUAAAGUGAUAUUCACGGAAAAACCUGUCACACACAGAAAGGAUUUUGUAAAAGGAAAGCCUGUUGUUCUUUCUUUAAUGCCCAUCAUCCUACAGGUGGAGCCAAGAGCAGAUAUGACUCAUCAUAUAUUCUUACCUUCGUUUGUUAAAGUCACUGUACUAAUGGUACAUAACGGUGCACAUUGUUUUUAUUUAGCCUUGCCAAGCCCCCCUGUCAUUGCUUCAGGCCUUCUUUAGAAUCACUGGACUACGCAAUCUUUUUAUGUGUUGUGUCGGUCACUGUGUCGGAUAAGGUGAUUACAGAACCAUAAAUUUGUGACCUGUCUAACAAACAGGUAACACAGUCAGGUCAAGUCAGGUAUGAGAGCAUUUGCGAAUUCAGCACUUCUCUGUGUCAACCUUGGUCCUGUACUGCUCCAGCCAACUGAUGGCCAUCCUCCAGGCCUGUGCCAGGCCGCCUCAUCUCUCCAGGUACCUUCACAGCUGCUCCCUCCACAACGCACCCAAUAUGCAGUGCGCCAGGGAAUAAGCGGGAGGUGCCCGUAAAAGCCUAUAGCUGCAGUUCCUGCAUCAGGCAGCCCAUCCCAGCUCACCUGAGCAUGUCAGCAUUAGACAGACAGUCUUGCCAACGAUACUCAAAAAUGUGCAGAAGAGAAGUUGUCAGGAAGGAGUCCAGUCUGCGCCUCUGGUCAGCAGUCCAUGCCAGGCCUCACAAGAGCAUAGUAAGACCAGAAGGACCAAGGACCACAAGACACAGGUACACAGUGGUACCCACACAACCAUUCAUCAAGACCCAUUGGAGGAAUUGGAAAAGAGAGGCUAGGCAAGACAAAACCUGGAGCUUGCUGCUAAUGCAAACAGAACUUAGUCACCAGGUUGUUGAAGUCCAUCCUCUAUUUAUUGUGAACAUUCCCCUUUUUUUUUGGUCUGUUGUUGCAGUCCCUCUGUGACACAUCAUAAAGACAGGACGUUGCUGCCAGAGCUCAACAACUUUUUCUCCGUCUCAUAGCUCCAUCUUCUUGCAACAAACUUUAUCAUUUCAAUUUGCGAUUUGGUUUCUUUUACAUUUGUGACUUUUGCAUGUGCAGAUCUCUCUGCUCUCUGGUCAGUUUCCCUGACAUAACAUAACACAUCAGAGAAGACAGAAGAAAAAUCCAACAUGAUAGAUCAUCUGUUGGGAGGGAGAUUAAGAGGCAUCUCAGGCAUGGCUUUGAUUGUUGAUGCCAAUGGGACAACUCCAAAGACACAACAGGAGAACUGGAGUCUCAUUUAAAGCUUCUGUUGAGCUCCAGAUUCCAGUUUGCAUUUAAGAACCAUAAAAGCAUUAGCGUUUCACUCAAAAGGGAUUGCUUCAGGGCCAGUAAGGACAGAGAGAACACACACUGCUACCAAUAACUCCACUGGCAUCAAAUAGCAUGAAAAAACACACCCAAGCUUUUCAGCAUGCCUAGACUUCAUAGCCAGUCAUUUUGUAGAAGGUGUACAAGAACUUCCAGAAAGUCAGAGUCCUAAAAGCCAUCCAUGUGAGCCUGUUACCAGAAACAGCAGCGUGCUGUACUGGAGAGCCCCUUCCCGGGGGUUCCUCUAACUCUGUCAUCAGACUGCUCUGGUGAGCGGACCCUGCCUCAUGCUCCUCUUCUUUCAGUCAGCCCUGUGUUUAGAGCUAUUCUUUGCCUUCUGUGUGCCUCAUCAUAUGUUCAAAAUCCUCAGGUCCUUAAAGAGCCUUAACUUAUCAUGUGUAUAUCAAGAACAUUAGAAACAUAGAAGCAGCCGCGGAUGUUUACAUGCUGCUGCAUUGAUACCUACUGUAGGUGGUUGGGUCACUAUGAUUAGUUUGGAUGGCAUUCUGCUGUUUUGCAUGGGAUUUUGGCAAUAUAUGAGGGCCUGGUGCAUUUUUAUAGGUGUGUAUUCCUAAUAAAAGACGAUGCUGCUGAUCUUUCCUUUCCCAUUGUCUCCUAAUGCCAUGUGGGCUUGCUGUGCUACAGAGGUACAGUGCAGUCUGUAUGUAGCUUGUAAUCCAGUGAAGUAGUUUGUACUUGAAGGGAGGUGUACUGUAGGCUACUGGCUCUUGCUCAGAUGCAAGAAAUGCAUCAAGAAAUGUGUAAAAUACUGUUUUGUACACUUCAAAUCAUUUAUAUAAAAGAACCUUUCUAAAGAGAUGAUUUACUUUACGUUUUUAUGUAAUGACUCUGUUUCAUACUGUAGCUAACUGUUGCUCAGCAUGACUGUGAGUCCUCUCUUUUUUGUCUUUCUGCAAAUGGACUGAAUGGCUUUAGGAACAUGCAAGGUCCAUGCAUCAAAUACAUAGGUUUGUGUAUAGGCCUACUGUAUGUGUUCCAUGAAAUCUAAACCAUAAUCAGCCCCAUGUCUUUGCUUCUGUCUCAGUCAGCCCCUCUGAAAUGUACUGCUGUUCUUCUGUCCAUAUACUCCCUACAUGAGGGUUUCCUCUGUUGCUAUUUGUUGUUUAUA